AUUCAACUGCCCUUCACUCCCAAAAUAAACCUCACUAUAUGAAUCUUCAUCUUCUUUUCCAUUUACAAAAUAUCUGUUUCUCUUCCAUUUUUUUUCUCCAUUUUUCAUCUUCAUUUUUUCUUCUCUUUUCUUUAUUUCAUGCAUGAACUUAUAAAUAACAUCUUCCUUUCAUAUUUUCCUUAACCAAAAAAAAAAAACUCCAUUUUUGGAUUCUUAACACAAAUUUAUGUCAUCAAUGAGUAACUGGUUAGGUUUUUCUCUUUCCCCACAUGAACUUCCAUCACCAUCUGAUCAUCAUCAUCAUCAAGAUGAUCAUCACUCUCAAAACACACAGUCUCAUCGCUUAGGUUUCCACUCCGAUGAAAUCUCCGGCACCCAUGUCUCCGGCGAGUGCUUCGAUCUUAGUUCUCACUCGACUUCUGCUCCUUUCGGCAUGCCCGAAGCUUUCAGAAACCACCACUCUCAAGAUUGGAAUAUGAAAACAAAUCCAGACCUGUCUAUGUUUAUGGGAAGUUCAUGCAACACUCAAAACCUUGGUGAAAAUCAAGAACCCAAGUUAGAAAAUUUUCUUGGAGUUCAUUCAUUCUCUAAUCAUGAACAAAAGCUUCCACCAAUGUAUAACACAAGUACUGGAGAUCAGUACAUGUUUCAGAACUGCUCUUUGCAAACAAAUGAUAAAACAAACAAUAAUGGUGACAGUAAUAACAGUUCGAUUGGUUUGUCAAUGAUCAAGACUUGGUUAAGAAACCAACCGGCUGUGACACAACAACAACAACAGCAACAACAAGAGAUUACUAAUAAGAACAUUAAUGGCGGCGGUGGUGCACAAAGCUUGUCUCUUUCAAUGAGUACUGGGUCACAGUCAGUUCUUGCAGCAAAUGGAGAUGGUAAUAAUAGUGGAGAUCAUAGUUCUUCUUCUGAUAAUAAUAAUAACAAGCAACAAAAGACGACGACAGCAGCAGCAAUGACAACGACUACAACGACGACGACAAGUGGUGUUGAUAGCCAAACUGGUGCUAUUGAAGCAGUUCCAAGAAAAUCAAUUGACACUUUCGGACAAAGAACUUCGAUAUACCGUGGUGUAACAAGACAUAGAUGGACAGGUAGAUAUGAAGCUCAUCUGUGGGAUAAUAGUUGCAGAAGAGAAGGACAAACUCGAAAAGGAAGGCAAGUUUAUUUGGGUGGUUAUGAUAAAGAAGAUAAGGCAGCGAGAGCAUACGAUUUAGCGGCACUGAAAUACUGGGGCACCUCUACAACGACGAAUUUCCCAAUUAGCAACUAUGAAAAAGAGGUAGAAGAAAUGAAGCACAUGACAAGACAAGAAUAUGUUGCAUCCUUGCGAAGAAAGAGUAGUGGGUUUUCUCGGGGUGCAUCCAUUUAUCGAGGAGUCACCAGACACCAUCAGCAUGGAAGAUGGCAGGCAAGAAUUGGCAGAGUUGCCGGGAACAAAGACCUCUAUUUGGGAACUUUCAGCACUCAAGAGGAAGCAGCAGAAGCCUACGACAUAGCAGCCAUAAAAUUCCGAGGCCUAAACGCCGUCACAAACUUCGACAUGAGCCGAUAUGACGUUAACACCAUCCUCGAGAGCAGCACAUUACCAAUCGGCGGUGCAGCCAAGCGACUCAAAGACGUAGAGCAAGCACAAAACAUCAGUAUCGAUCACAUUCACAGACCGGACACGGACACCUUAACUUCACAGCUAACAGACGGAAUCAAUACCUACGGCUGGCCGCCAAACCUCGCAUUUCAUCAACAACAACAACCUAAUUACACCCUCCAUUACCCGAAUUACGGACAAAGACUCUGGUGCAAGCAAGAACAAGACACCGAAACAGACCACAGUUUUCAAGACAUUCAUCAGAUUCAACUCGGAAACACAAACACGAACACAAACACGAACAUCCAUAAUUUCUUUCAGCCGAGUUCCGUUGUUCACAACUUAAUGAGUAUGGAAUCUUGUUCCAUGGAGCACAGUUCCGGUUCCAACUCAGUAAUGUACAGCAAUGGAGGUGAAUACGGCAGCCAUGGUGGCGGUUAUGCGAUUCCUUUAGCGACAGUUAUGUCGAAUAAUAGUAAUGACAACGAAGGGAAUGGCUAUGAGAAUAUGAUGGAUCCGUAUCAAGCAAGAAACUUAUACUAUCUUAACUCGCAGCAGUCGUCGUCUGCGAAUGAUCAGAGUUCAAGCUGCAAUAACUGGGUGCCGGCUGCUGUUCCGGUUGUUGGUCAGAGGUCUAAUAUCUGCCAUGGAGGUUCGACAUUUACAGUGUGGAACCAUUCAUAAACAGAGAUGAAUUGUAUACAUAAAAACAAUGAAAUUUGAUGGUUUGUGGAAGAUGAUGGGAUUUUUCUCUUUUUCUAUAUGUAAGUGAUGAAGUUCAGCUAUGAGAGAUUGGAAAAUUAAUUCUCUAGUGAUUUUUGUUGGGGGGAACUUCGAAUAUAUGGAUGGAGAGUAGAUCCUCGGAAUAGUGAAGUGUUUUUGUUUAGCACACCAGACUUUGUAAUUUUGCAUAACGAUAGUUAUUAUACAAAGAUUGGAUUUCUUUUCCA